AUGAAUUGCACUUAUCAUAUUUAAAAUCCAAUUGCCGCUAUAUGUAUAGAUCCACACAAAUGCUAAAGUUAAAGAAAACUCUGUUUUGAAUGUGUUUAUAAUCAUGGAGUGGAUAUCAAAAACACAGUUCCUAUUUUGAAAUUUUAAGAAAUUGCUAUCCAGAAAUUAUAAGAAUCCAAGCUCAACCAAUCUUCUGAUUUAACAAAAUAGAGAACUGCUUUAAAAUCCAUGCUCGCUUAAACUGAAAUUAUGUUGAAGACAAUUUUGGAAGAAUUAUCAGAAUCAAUUAAAUAAAUAUUGGAUCUGAUCCAAAUUUAAGACACCUAAUAUUGUUCAAUCAAAUAUAACAAUAACAAACUAAUAGAAUUGUCAAAUACUGACUUAGAAAUGUUAGUAUAAGUUGUUUAAGGAAACAAUUUAAAUUAUUGGAAUAAUGAGAAGAAUACUUCAUUAAUAAAGUUAGAAAAGACCAAGAUCAGGUGUGAAUAAGAAAUAUCUGCCUUUAGUGAAAAGUUAAACAAAGAAAUGAAGGAAAUUUUGUAAUUAAUAAAGUAAGAUUUAAAAAGUAUUUAAGUAAACAAUCUAAUUAAGUAGAAAAAGAAGAUUAAAAAAGUUCAGUAUGCAGUAUUCAAUAAGAAGAAGAUGAAAUGAAAUUAAACUUGAAUAUGCAAGAAUUAAAAAAAUUGGAAGGCCAUAGUGGACAUGUCUAUUCAGUAUGCUUUUCUCCUAAUGGUAAAUUAUUAGCAUCUUGUAAUGAGAAAGACUAUGACUCUCUAUUUUUCAAAAAUUCUACUAUCCGUUUAUGGGAUAUAAAAAAGGGAAAAUCAAAAGUAAAAAUGGAUGGUCAUCGUGAUAGCGUAUGGUCAGUAUGUUUCUCAUCAGAUGGAACUACUUUAGCAUCUUGUAGUAAUGAUAAAUCAAUUAGAUUAUGGGAUGUUAAGACAGGAUAAUAAAAAGCCAAACUAGAUGGUCAUAGUGAUAGGGUAUGGUCAGUAUGCUUCUCACCAGAUGGAACAACUUUAGCAUCUGGUAGUAAUGAUUAGUCAAUAAGAUUAUGGGAUGUUAAGACAGGAUAAUAAAAAGCCAAAUUUUAUGGUCAUGAAUAUUCUGUUAACUCAGUAUGCUUCUCACCUGAUGGAACUGCUUUAGCAUCUUGUGGUAAUGAUAGCUUAAUUCGAUUGUGGGAUUCUAACACAGGAUAAUAAAAAACCAAAUUAGAUGGUCAUGAAUAUUCGAUCAACUCAGUAUGCUUCUCACCUGAUGGAACUGCUUUAGCAUCUUGUGGUAAUGAUAACUCAAUUCGCUUAUGGGAUGAGAAGAGAGGAUAAUAAAUAGCCAAAUUGAAUGGUCAUAGUGAUUAUGUCUAAUCAGUAUGUUUUUCUCCAGAUGGAACUAAUUUAGCAUCUGGCAGUAGAGAUAACUCUAUUCGAUUAUGGGAUGCUAAGACAGGAUAAUAAAAAGCCAAAUUGAGUGGUCAUAGUGAUUGGGUCUAAUCAGUAUGCUUUUCACCAGAUGGAACUAAUUUAGCAUCUGGUAGUAGAGAUAAUACUAUUCGAUAAUGGGGACCAAAAAUUAUCAAAGGAUGAUAAUAUAUAUAUGAUUGAAGC